GCUUACCCAUAAUUUAGAGGCUGCAACCCCUUAUCUAUCUAAAACUCUCUUUCUCUCUCUCACACACACACACACGAUGUAUCCAUAAAAAUGCCGUCUGUUAUGUGCAAAGCCUAAAAUAUCUGUUCUUUGCGUUCGUGCUCUGCCGUUGGCUUUAUCCUCUGUUUGGUUUUCGAGAAAGAAAAUGUGAGUUUGGAGUUGCUGUAUUGAGAUUCUAUUAAUUUGCUCACAAUUGUAAACCAAACGGAGCAUUUGUAAUCUCUGUUUCCGGAUGAAGAUUCAACCUCAUGCUGUUCAAUUGUGGGUGAGUUUUGAGUGUCAGAAGUGAUCACAGAACUUGGGUUGAAUUGGGUGUUAAGAUUUUUUGAAUGGCUCUCCUGGAAACAGGAAGAGGCGAGGAAGAAAAGUUAAGAACCAAGGAACUAGUGAUAGUCAUUUCUGAUACUGAAGAAGCUUCAGACAUGAACAAGCAAAGUGAAUAUUCUAAAGGUUUUGCACCCUUCGAAUCAGGUUUGUACUCUUUUUCGGAAAAUCUCCGAGGACAAUCCCCAAAUGGUGGAUCAACAGAGCUGCAAAAUCUACAAAUUCCUCCACCAGAGAUAACCCUGAAUAACACUCCGAAAGUCGCAUAUGGAACAACAGCGGUUCAACGAAGAUCAAAGCCACGUCCUGCGUAUUUCAAGCCUAAAUCAAGAUUAGUUGAGCCACCAUAUCCUAGUGGUUCGAAGGUGGUUGAAGAGGGUACCCAAAUGGUGCCUGUUACUUCAUCUUACAGGAAAUCGCCUAAAAUGGCUUCACCCGCCAACAGAAGCACUGCUAGUACUCCUAAAGAAUAUGCAAAAACAGGCCCAGUUACACCCAAAACGACAGCUCCAGUCACCCCAAGAACUCCAUUGAUGGUGUCGCCCGGAGGAGAAGAUGAUGAGGAUGAGGCUGAGGAUGAUGAUGACCAGGUGUACAAGACUGCAAAUAUUAAACAAUAUGAAGGAAAAAGGGGUAAGAAAGUGAAAAUGAUGAUAUUAUUUGAGUGGAUUGUGUUGAUAUGCAUGAAGGUUUUUCUGAUUACUAGCUUGACUAUACCCCGAUUGAGGAAUCUUAGGCUUUGGAGCUUAGAAAUUUGGAAAUGGUGUGUAUUGGUAGUGGUCAUCUUUUGUGGUCGGUUGUUUACUGAGUGGUUUAUUAAUCUUCUAGUUUUCUUGAUUGAAAAGAACUUUUUGCUCAAGAAGAAGGUCCUCUAUUUUGUUUAUGGUUUGAAAUGGAGUGUUCGGGUUUUCAUUUGGUUGGGAUUGGUUCUUCUGGCAUGGGGUCUGUUAAUCAACCGAGGGGUCAGGAGAUCAAAAGAAACUACCAAGGUCUUAAAUUAUAUUACAAGAGCUCUUGCAUCUAGUCUUAUUGGGGCUGCUAUGUGGAUGGUGAAGACUUUACUGGUGAAGCUCUUGGCUUCUUCUUUUCAUGUCAAAACAUUCUUUGACAGGAUUCAAGAAUCCAUAUUUCAUCAAUAUGUUCUUCGGACCCUUUCGGGGCCUCCAUUGAUGGAAGAUGCAGAAAAGAGUAGUUCCUGGAAAAGUGGUCAGUUGAGCUUUAAAAAUCCUAUGGGAGGAAAACAGGAGAAGGAAGAGGUGAUUGAUGUGGAUAAGCUUCACAAGAUGAAGCCAGAAAAGGUGUCUGCUUGGACCAUGGGAGGGUUAAUAAAAGUAAUAGGGUCUUCAGGGUUGUUUACGAUUUCUGAGGCAUUGGAAGAAAUUGUGGAUGAUGAGGGCGUUGAGGAAAAAGAGAUUACUAGUGAGUUGGAAGCAAAGGCUGCUGCUCGUUUCAUAUUCAGAAAUGUAGCAAAGCGUGGCAACAAGUUUAUUGAUGAGGAUGACCUUUUGCGUUUCAUGACGUCCGAGGAGGUGGAUAAUGUGCUUCCAUUGCUUGAGGGAUCUGUUGAAACAGGACAGAUCAAGAAAUCAUCUUUAAGGAAUUGGGUGGUGAAGGCCUACAAUGAACGCAAAUAUCUGGCACAUUCUUUGAAUGACGCCAAAACAGCCAUAGAAGAUUUGAACAAGAUUGCUUCAGGGAUCGUAUUUAUUUUGAUCAUCUUUGUUUGGUUACUUUUGAUGGGAAUUGCAACAACCAAUGUGUUGAUUUUCAUUUCAUCUCAGCUUUUACUGUGGGUAUUUAUGUUUGGCAACACCCUUAAGACAGUAUUUGAGGCCAUUGUAUUUGUAUUUGUGAUGCACCCGUUUGAUGUAGGGGAUCGAUGCGUCAUUGACGGAGUACAGAUGGUCGUUGAUGAGGUGAACAUUUUGACAACAAUCUUUCUGAGAUAUGACAAUGAAAAAAUAUACUAUCCAAAUGCAGUUUUGGCUACUAGACCGAUCAGCAAUUUCAACCGAAGUCCAGAGAUGAGUGAUUCUGUGGAGUUUGCUGUUGAUGUUUCCACUUCCAUUGAGAGCAUUGUAGCUCUAAAAGCUAAAAUAAAAGCGUACUUGGAGAGCAAACCUCAGCAUUGGCGUUCUGGCCAUAGUGUGCAGGUUACAGAAAUAGAGGAUGUGAACAAGAUGAAAAUGGGGCUCUAUGUCACCCACACCACAAACUUUCAGAACUAUGGAGAAAAGAGCAAUCGCAAAUCUGAUCUAGUCUUGGAGCUGAAGAAAAUUUUCGAAGAGCUUGGUAUUAAAUAUCAUCUUCUCCCUCAAGAAGUUCAUGUCACUUACGUUGGUUCUGCACCCCCGACAAAUACAACUGUUACGCGGUGAUGAACCAUCCUGCCAGAGUCCAAAAUUUAUUUUUCAUUUUUUACUAGUUCCCCUAAGCUGUAUUGUGUCUAAAAUUUGCAUCAUUGCUCCCAUUAUGUGCCCCAAUUCCUGAUACUGUUAUAUGCAUUGGUAGACCUCCUCCUCCUUCAUUCCUUCCCUUCUAUUUCCUCAACAAACCCCCCUACCACUCCCCCACCCCACACGCGCCUGCUCUGUAACUUAACGAGUCAAUUCUCGAGAGUUUUAUCCCUUGAAAAGCUUAUAUGUUACCUGCAGAGAUUCAUACAAGGCAAUUGUCAAUAUUAUAUGUAAUGAUUCUAGUUUGUUUCCAUAUUAGAGAUGGUUUUGUGAGAAUUGCAUGAUAAUGUGGCAUAGUGAAUCAUAGUGACAGUGUUUGAACAUUCCUUGUCUUAAAUUCAGGAGAGUGAGUAAGAGAUGCUGAUAUGGGGGGUGUUUGG